AUGUUGCUGUCAAAGUUUGGCUCAUUCUCGCACAUUUGCAACCCUUUGAGCAUGGACCAUUUACCGGUGAAAAUACAGCUCCAGCCAGUUAAAGUGGAAAAGGAGCCAUGAAAGGUUUACAAGGUGGGAUCCGUGCUCGGCAGCGGUGGAUUCGGCACAGUCUAUGCCGGUAGUCGGCUCUCCGAUGACGCACCGGUCGCAGUGAAACAUGUGCAGAAGGAGCGGGUGACCGAAUGGGGUACUAUUAAUGGUGUGAUCGUGCCUUUGGAGAUUAUUUUAUUGAAGAAAGUCAGUUCGUCGUUUCGAGGGGUUAUACAACUCCUGGAUUGGUAUGAGCGACCAGACGGCUGGUUGAUUGUCAUGGAACGACCGGAGCUGGUCAAGGAUCUUUUCGAUUUCAUAACUGAGAAGGGCGCUUUGGACGAGGAGACUGCGAAGGGAUUUUUCCGUCAGGUUUUGGAGUCUGUUCGCCACUGCUACAGCAGCGGAGUAGUUCACAGAGAUAUCAAAGAUGAAAAUCUGCUUGUAGACCUACGCACUGGGGACCUCACACUUAUUGACUUUGGUUCAGGGGCGAUUCUCAAGGACACAGUCUACACUGACUUUGACGGUACAAGAGUAUAUAGCCCGCCAGAGUGGAUCCGCUUCCAUAGAUACCACGGGCGCUCGGCUACGGUGUGGUCGCUAGGGGUGCUUCUGUAUGACAUGGUCUGUGGAGACAUCCCCUUUGAGCAAGACGAGGAAAUCCUCCAGGGGAGACUGUACUUCAGGAGGAGAGUGUCUAAUGAGUGCCAGCAGCUGAUCAAGUGGUGCCUGUCGUUACGGCCCUCAGAUAGGCCUACUCUGGAACAGAUCCUGGACCACCCGUGGAUGCGGUUGGCUGGGGAAGUGUCGAUGUCCUCCAAGACGGAGAAUGGUGACAUCCGGCUGAGGACCAUCGACACGGACAUAUCUAGCACAAGCUCCAGCAAGGAGAGCCUAUGA